CCCAGCGGCAAAUCCGGAUCAACUUUUCAAGCGCUUAGUUGAACUGCGUGAACACACGAGGGGCAGCUCACUAUUCACUCAUUCAUCCAUGUGUCUUUUAACGCAUUUUACUCGUUAGACAGUGUGUUGAUCCAGGCAGCUUUUUCAUUAUAUCCGGCAGCUUCUCACCCAACAUUUGUGCUUCUUUACUCAAAGAGCAACUUUAGGCUAAUAUGACAAAAAUUCUGUUAGCUUACAGCGUUGUGAAAUCCCUGCGACAAGGAUAUGUGGUUGGCAGAAGAGUAGGAAACACGUCGGCCGCGUUGAGACUUCAAACUUCUAAACUUUUUAGUGUGAAGGCCCAGACAGCCCACCUGGUCUUGGAGGAUGGCACCAGGAUGAAAGGAUUUUCCUUUGGGCAUGAUGCCUCGGUAGCAGGGGAACUAGUAUUCAAUACUGGCCUGGUUGGGUAUCCUGAGGCCCUGACCGACCCUAGCUACAGAGGUCAGAUCCUGACCCUGACUUACCCAAUCGUAGGGAACUAUGGGGUACCCAACACCCAGGAGCUGGAUGAGCUGGGCCUGAGAAAGCAUGUGGAGUCAGACCGCAUCCAGGUAUCUGGCCUUCUGGUUCAAGACUACAGCCAUGAAUACAGCCACUGGAACUCUGUCAAGUCUCUGGGUCAAUGGCUACAAGAGGAGAAGGUUCCUGCACUGUUUGGGAUAGACACCAGAAUGCUGACCAAGGUCAUCAGAGACAAGGGCACAGUUUUGGGGAAGAUUGAAUUUGAUGGGCAACCUGUUGAGAUAUCUGAUCCCAACCAGAAAAACCUGGUAGCAGAGGUCUCAACCAAGGAACCCAAAGUUUUUGGAAAAGGAAACCCAAUCAAAGUGGUGGCCAUUGAUUGUGGUAUUAAACAUAACAUAAUUCGCCUGCUGGUUAAGAGGGGUGCAGAGGUCCACCUUGUACCAUGGGACCAAGACUUGCUGAGUCUAGACUACGAUGGCCUGUUCAUUUCAAAUGGGCCGGGAGAUCCAUCUCUGGCUAAGACACUCAUCCAGAAUGUUCAGAAGGUGCUGGAAAGUGAUCGUCCUGAGCCAGUGUUUGGAAUCUGUAUGGGAAACCAAAUCACUGCCCUGGCUGCAGGAGCUAAGUCAUACAAACUACCUAUGGGCAACAGGGGCCAGAACCAGCCAGUGCUGAAUGUAAUGACAGACCAGGCCUUCAUUACAGCGCAGAACCAUGGCUACGGCAUAGACAGCGAGUCCCUGCCCCCAGGAUGGAGCCCGCUGUUCAUUAAUGCCAAUGAUGGCACCAAUGAGGGCAUCAUGCACAAUACUAAGCCUGUCUUCACGGCUCAAUUCCACCCGGAGGCUAAAGGUGGUCCCACAGACACAGAGUUCCUCUUUGAUGCCUUCAUAUCCCUGAUCAAAAAAGGAGAGGAUGCCAACAUAGUUUCAGUAAUGCCCAAAAAACCCCACAUCCCUCCCAGAGCGCAGGUGUCAAAGGUGUUGGUACUGGGCUCUGGUGGUCUUUCUAUUGGUCAGGCUGGAGAGUUUGACUACUCAGGAUCUCAGGCCAUCAAGGCCAUGAAGGAGGAGAAUCUGAAGACAGUGCUCAUGAACCCAAACAUAGCCUCUGUUCAGACCAAUGAGGUGGGCACCAAACAGGCUGACUCUGUCUAUUUUCUGCCUGUCACACCGCAAUUUGUAACUGAAGUAAUCAAGACUGAGCGUCCGGAUGGCAUCCUGCUCUCCAUGGGUGGACAGACCGCCCUCAACUGUGGAGUAGAAUUGUUCCAGCGUGGCAUCCUGGAAAAGUAUGGUGUGAAGGUCCUUGGAACCCCGGUGGAAUCCAUCAUGGCCACAGAGGACAGGCAGCUUUUUGCUGACAAACUGAUGGAAAUCAACGAGAAGAUUGCACCCAGUAUAGCUGUUGAGUCGGUGUCUGAUGCCUUAAAAGCUGCAGAGCAGAUUGGUUACCCGGUGAUGUUGCGAUCGGCCUAUGCCCUGGGUGGUCUGGGCUCUGGUCUGUGUGCCAACAAAGAAAAACUAGAGGAAACUGCCCACAAGGCUCUGGCCAUGAGCAGUCAGAUCUUAGUGGAGAAGUCUUUGCUGGGCUGGAAGGAGGUGGAAUAUGAGGUAGUGAGAGACGUGGCUGAUAACUGUGUCACCGUCUGCAACAUGGAGAACUUCGACCCACUGGGCAUUCACACAGGUGACUCUAUAGUGGUGGCACCGAGCCAGACGUUGUCCAAUGAGGAGUACCACAUGCUCCGUGAGACAGCCAUCAAAGUGGUCCGUCACCUUGGCAUUGUAGGUGAAUGCAACAUCCAGUACGCCCUACACCCAUCAUCCUUGGAGUACUGCAUCAUUGAGGUUAAUGCCCGGCUCUCCAGAAGCUCAGCUCUGGCAUCCAAAGCCACUGGGUACCCCUUAGCAUUUGUAGCUGCUAAGCUGGCUCUGGGAAUCCCCCUACCAGAGAUCAAGAAUGCUGUAUCUGAGAAGACCACAGCCUGCUUUGAACCCAGUCUAGACUACAUCGUUACCAAAAUCCCCCGCUGGGACCUGGACCGCUUUCAGGGCAUGUCCCGUGAAAUAGGCAGUGCCAUGAAAAGUGUUGGAGAGGUGAUGGCAGUGGGCCGGACCUUUGAGGAGAGUGUGCAGAAGGCCCUGAGGAUGUGUCAUCCAUCAGUGGAUGGCUUUGUGCCCAGGCUGCCACUCAAGAAAGCCUGGACUGACACCCAGGACCUGCAACAGGAGCUGGCUGUGCCUUCCAGUACCCGCAUCUUCUCCCUCGCCAAGGCACUUCACAGUGGUAUGAGUGUGGAUCAGAUCCACCAGCUGACAGCCAUAGACAAGUGGUUCCUCCAUAAACUCCAUAGGAUAACACAGCUAGAGCAACACUUGGCAAACUACAAGAGUGGCACAGUACCCAGGGGGCUGCUGCUUAAGGCCAAGCAGGAUGGUUUUUCAGACCGGCAGGUUGGUCAGAUUCUGGGCUCCAGUGAGAGAGUAGCCAGAGAACUGAGGCUCACUCAAAGUAUCAGACCCUGGGUCAAACAGAUUGACACCCUGGCAGCAGAGUACCCAGCUAUGACCAACUACCUGUAUUGUACUUAUCAUGGUCAGGAGCAUGAUCUGGACUUUAAAGACCAGGGAAUUAUGGUUCUUGGUUGUGGGCCUUACCAUAUUGGGAGCAGUGUUGAGUUUGACUGGUGUGCAGUGUCUAGCAUCAGAGCCUUGAGACAGAUGGGCAAGAAGACAGUGGUGGUGAACCACAACCCUGAGACAGUCAGCACUGACUUUGACGAGUGUGAUCGCCUUUAUUUCGAAGAGCUGACCCUGGAACGCAUCCUGGACAUCACCCAGCAAGAGGGUUGCUCUGGCAGCAUUGUGUCAGUGGGAGGCCAGAUCCCCAACAAUCUGGCCGUCCCGUUGCACCUGAGCGGAGUGAAGAUUCUCGGGACAAACCCCCUGCAGAUUGACCGGGCUGAGGAGCGCUCUAUCUUCUCCAGUGUCCUAGAUGACCUCGGAGUGGCCCAAGCCCCAUGGAGGGCCCUUAGUUCUCUGGAAGAUGCCUUUGCGUUUGCCAACCAGGUCGGCUAUCCCUGUCUUCUCCGCCCCUCCUAUGUUCUCAGUGGCUCUGCAAUGAAUGUUGUGUACGGAGAAGAGGAAAUGAAACGUUUCUUGGAGGAGGCCACCCAGGUGUCCCAGGAGCACCCAGUGGUUAUCACCAAGUUCAUCCGUGGGGCCAGGGAGGUUGAAGUGGAUGCUGUGGCCAAGUCUGGCAAGGUUCUGGUCCAUGCCAUAACAGAGCAUGUGGAGGACGCUGGGGUACACUCAGGAGAUGCCACUCUAAUGCUGCCAACCCAAACUAUUAGCCAGGGGGCACUAGAAAAGGUUAAGGCUGCCACCCGCAAAAUUGCACAAGCAUUUGAAAUUUCUGGGCCCUUUAACACUCAGUUUCUGGUUAAGGGCAAUGAUGUCAUGGUGAUAGAGUGUAAUCUGCGGGCGUCACGCUCUUUCCCUUUUGUAUCAAAAACAAUCGGCGUAGACUUUAUCAAUGUGGCAACCAAAGUCAUGGUGGGAGAGCCUUUGGAUGAGGACAGCCUGCCCUCGCUGGAGAAACCCAUCAUUCCUGUAGACUAUGUGGGCAUCAAGGCGCCCAUGUUCUCCUGGCCACGGCUGAGGGAUGCAGAUCCUGUACUUCGCUGUGAGAUGGCCUCCACUGGGGAGGUAGCUUGUUUUGGACCAAACAUUUAUUCAGCCUUCCUGAAAGCUAUGCUCUCCACAGGCUUCAAACUGCCACAGAAGGGCAUCCUGAUUGGGAUUCAGCAUUCAUUCCGACCCAAUUUCCUGGCCACAGCACACCAACUGAAAGAGGAGGGCUUCAAGCUCUAUGCCACUGAAGCCACUUCUGCCUGGCUGUGCGCCAAUGAUGUGCCUGCCACACCAGUAGCCUGGCCCAGUGAGAAGGGAGAAGACAACAGUUUGCCUAGUAUUAACAGACUGAUCAAUGAGGGUCAUAUUGACCUUGUGGUCAACUUGCCCAAUAAUAACACUCGCCACCUGAGGGAUAACUUCCUCAUCCGCAGAAUGGCUGUCGACCACGGUGUUCCUCUCAUCACCAACUACCAGGUGGUGAAGUUGUUUGUGGAAGCUAUCCACUAUGCAGGUGAGCUCGACACUACCAGCCUCUUCCACUACCGGCAGAAAGAGAGCCAACAAAGAGGUGCUAGCCAGCAGAGCUAAAGCUUCCUCCCCUCUCCCUCAUUCUCUGCUGGUUCCCUUUGUAAAACAGUAGCACUAAAGCAAUAUUAUGCCACAAUUUUACCUUAAAAUAACAGCUUCAAAAUAAUUGCAAUGGUCCACUGACUUGUAAUAGGGAGACUUGUGCCUCGUUCAUUCGCACUCUGCACUCCAAAUGCCUGUUCUUGCUCUGUGUGACUUGGGUUAAGUGGGUACAAUCUUCUGCAAGAAGUGUGUAAUGUAUCUAUCAUGUGCAUGAAGCUCUACAGCACUGUGUCACACACAAAAGAAGCUAGCUUGGUAAAUCUUUCAUUUAUCAACCCCUUUGAUGAAUUUUGUGUUUGUUGCCUGAGCGAUUAAUAGGCUUUGUUCUCUGUAGGUGAGCUGUUAGCUUUAAGGGGUAUACUGCUUCCAGUACCCUGUAAUUACAGCUGCCGCUAUUGCUCAACAAAAGUUACAUACUGUUGCUUUCAGUGGGAGCCAAUUUUCAUAACAUAGUUUCUUAAAAAUUCCUUGUAUCUUGUACCAUCCCAUGAUGUCAAGAAAUUGUUACUUUUGUUAUCUUAGCGGCAGGAAUUGCAGUCUUUUGGGAGUUACUUAGACCAAAAUAUAAUAAUUAACAAUAUAGAAAAUCAACACUCAUAACAAUUUUCAAACCAGCAUCUACUAGGAAAAGGUACCUUUUCAAAGGGUUCAUUGGUUGUAACUGGUGGUUUUAUUGUUGCUCAGUAAAUUACUAAAGUUUUACAGAUCAGUUGUAACCUAUACACAAAUAACUUUUGUGUUGCUAGGUUAUGACCAUCCUCCAGCAGGACACUCGCUUAUAAACCUUAAUAACUGAGAAAGGGUUCUUAGAAUAACUGAAGUUUGCAGCUGUUAAAUGCUAAUUAAAGUAGGAGGAGGAAGAGCCAAAGAUUAGUAGUAUAGUAGCAGCAGCAGCAGUAGUAGUUGUAAAUUAAAAAAGUUAAAACAUAUAUAGUUACAACAUAUAAAUCCUCCAUAAAAGGUGACUUAUAAAUCGGUAGCAGAGAGCUACCGCUGCCUUGUUUUUACUCACAUAAAUCCCUAAGGAUGGUGUUGCUGGUGUUUUACUGAUCAGUGGUUCAUAUUCUUUGUUUUACAUUUAAUUUUAGGGGCUUUUGUGAAUUUGAUUCUGUUUAUUCUGUCAUUGUGGCAUCUAUAUGUCUUUGGUAAACAAACACACAUCAAAACACACAGCAAAAAUUAGCAAGGUUAUUUGCAUAUAUUGUACAAUAAGUUGAUAACUUUAUUAUCAUGACAAGCCUUACAGUGUAUUAGUAAAUGCCUUUUUUACUCAUUUGAUCUCAUUCAUAGGUUUUGGUUUAAUACUUAGAAUGGUGUUGAAAAUGUAUCAUACAGUAAACAUGUACUAUAUGAAUGACUUUUAAAGAUGAAGAUAAGGUAUUUGUAAUUAAGGUAAUCCUUAUGCAUUUUGUGAUAUGAAGAGAAUUUUUCAAGAGCCCUAGCUUCAUACCCAAGCUUUAAAGUUGAUGACAACUGAUCUGUUUAUGUAUUAUAUAUACAUAUAUUUAUGUGUGUGUAUAUACUGUAAGCUUUAAACUGAGUCUGCAUGUGAAACUGCUCUGCAUUUUAAAAGAUUACACUAUAAAUACAUUUAGUUAUGUAUACUCUGUUGAAUGCUGUUGUUGUUUUGUUCAUGUUUAUGUAAUGUAAGAAUCCAUUGAAAUACAAGUAUUCUCUUACGUCUGCCCUGAGUGUGUAAUAAAGUCAGGAGAGUGA